GAUUUUCAAGCAGAAUGUAACAGAUGUCAACCGGGAAAGCACAAGGCACACGGCUUUCUUUCUGUGUGUUCGCCUCUUUCUUCUCUUUUAUUUGCCUUAUUCUAUAGGAUUUUGGUCCUCUAAGAUUCUACCUGGGAUUUUCCUUUGGAAAAGUUGCUGUGGUUCUACCAAAAUAUGGAACUUGAUUUUGGACAUUUUGACGAACGAGACAAAGCAUCUAGAAAUAUGAGAGGGUCACGGAUGAAUGGACUUCCAAGUCCCACUCAUAGUGCCCACUGUAGCUUCUACAGAACCAGAACCUUGCAGGCAUUAAGUAAUGAGAAGAAGGCCAAGAAGGUACGUUUCUACCGCAAUGGGGACCGUUACUUCAAGGGGAUUGUGUACGCUGUUUCUUCUGACCGUUUUCGUAGUUUUGAUGCGUUGCUGGCUGACCUGACUCGAUCCUUGUCCGACAACAUUAACCUGCCUCAGGGAGUGCGCUACAUUUACACCAUUGACGGAUCCAGGAAGAUUGGAAGCAUGGAUGAACUGGAAGAAGGGGAAAGCUAUGUCUGUUCCUCAGACAACUUCUUUAAAAAGGUUGAGUACACCAAGAAUGUCAACCCCAACUGGUCUGUCAACGUAAAGACAUCUGCCAACAUGAAAGCCCCCCAGUCCUUGGCUAGCAGCAACAGUGCUCAAGCCAGAGAGAACAAGGACUUUGUGCGCCCCAAACUUGUGACCAUCAUUCGAAGCGGGGUGAAGCCUCGGAAGGCAGUGCGCGUGCUUCUCAACAAGAAAACAGCCCACUCUUUUGAGCAGGUCCUUACUGACAUCACAGAAGCAAUCAAACUGGAAACUGGAGUUGUCAAAAAACUCUACACCCUUGAUGGAAAGCAGGUCACCUGUCUCCAUGAUUUCUUUGGUGAUGAUGAUGUGUUCAUUGCUUGUGGUCCUGAAAAAUUCCGCUAUGCUCAAGAUGAUUUCUCCUUGGAUGAGAAUGAAUGCAGAGUCAUGAAAGGGAAUCCAUCUGCCGCUGCUGGCCCAAAGGCUUCCCCAACACCUCAAAAGACAUCUGCUAAAAGCCCAGGCCCAAUGCGCCGCAGCAAGUCUCCAGCUGACUCAGGUAACGACCAAGACGCAAAUGGAACUUCUAGCAGUCAGCUCUCAACACCUAAGUCGAAGCAGUCUCCUAUCUCUACACCCACAAGCCCUGGAAGUCUGCGGAAGCACAAGGUAGACCUGUACCUGCCGCUGUCAUUGGAUGACUCUGAUUCACUUGGCGAUUCCAUGUGAAAGAUGAUAGGCUAAAUCAAAGCCUAUUAUUGCAGCAGAAUACUUUCGCUCAAGUGACCAACAAGGCUAUUGGUGCUUAAACAUUUUUGUUGUUGUUGCUUUUCAAAAUACUCUGUAGUAUGUAGGGUUUAUUUUCUUGUGACUUCUCUUCUGGGCCACUAAUUCACAUUUACCAAUAAGAGAUAGAUUGAUAACCAUCCUUUUGAGUGACUUUUCCAGAACCGCAAAAUGUGCUACUCCAUGACCUUUCUACUGAAUGCUUAGGGGUCUUUGUAUUUUCCCCACUGAAUUUGUUCAGAAACUAGUCUUCCUUCUGUGGAAGGCUGUUUACAUACACAUCACUUAAAAUGUUUAUGUGUGGGGAAAACUUUCAUAUGCAGAUCUAAAAGUGGAAAAACCUAAGUGUCCCUUGCCUCUGUAUCUUCAGAAUGCUAGAGGAUCUCAGGAGAGUGGCAAGUCAGAUCCUUGGCCUCACUCUUUGCUCUUAAUUGAGCCCCCAGUGUAUUGUCUAGCAUUCAUCCUGGCUGUUGAGAUGAAGAAACACCAGCGACUUUUAAUGUGACACCAUGUGCUUAGGGCUUGUGGUAUAGGGCUAUCUGAGAGAUGAGGUAGAAUAUAGGGGAAAAACUGCCCAAAUUUCAGUAGGAUUUGUAUAAAGCACAGUGGAUUCCUGGUCAACCCCUCUACUGGGGAAAUUUGGAAUCAAUCAACAAUUGAUUAGUUUGGGGUACAUGAUGUCACAUACAUGAUCCCUCCAGGAGGCUUUGUAAUGUACAAGUUAGUACACAAACGGUAUGGUAUCCAUCUAGCUCUGUUCUAUUGAAUGCCUUGUAAACAACCAACACUACAAACACUGUGAGAAUUUGUUUUCAGGUCUGACUCCUUUUGGUCGCUUUUUAUAGCAAGAAACCAUAUCCUUUUUUAUAAAAACUCAACUCUGUACUUCAGGAGCAAAACUCUUCAGGCUCCUUUUUUAUAAGCUGGUGAUUUUUUCCUUUGUCUAAAAAACACAAGUAGAAAAUUGACCAAAAAAAAUGCAGAAGAAUACUGUAGUUUAGAAAUCACGCUCUCACUGCCAAACAGACAGCUCCAGGAGAAAACACAAUGACUAGAGGCCAAUUCAAUAGAAUCAGGUUUUUGAUACCUUUUUAACAGUUACACUUACAGUAAUAAUUUCAAUGUGGACCAGACAUUCUAGUUAUAUUUUAAAUGAAAUGUUAUGGCAUAUUUUAAGUAACUCUUUUUUAUCUAUAAUCCUAAUAUUUCAUACUUAAGAUGCAGAAACCUUUCACUUGACUUUAACAUUCGGAAAGAAUUCUCUUUAUUACGGAUUGAUCACUUGAAAUAACUCUGUCUUUGAGGUACAGGUUUAUAACAUUGCUUUUUCUCUGUAUUCAUAGCCCAUAAUAGCCAAGACAACUAAAGUUAGGUGAAAGCCAUGCAUGCCAUUCUGUGUUUGAUUUGAAUAGAUAGGAAGAUUUCCUUUACUUCUUUGUAAUUGUUCAGAUAGUUUGAAAAAUGCAGCAUUCAAAGCCAACAUGUUGUUUGGCUGCUGAAUGACAUGCAGUUGUCCCUUCAUUCUAAGUAGAAUGAGUGUGGGGUUCAUUUGUGUGUGUGUGUGUGUGUGUGUGUGUGCGCGCGCGCGCACGUGCGUGCGCACACACAUGCAUAGGCUGCUUCAUAAUUAGCAAAUACUGCACAAGACAACUCAACAUGAAUUGAUGACAACUUGGUGGCAUUGCUUACAUGCGGGGGGAAGUAGGAUGGCAGGGGUACCUAGAGCCCCCUUGAUAAAUUUCAGAUGUCCUUAAUUAUGAGAUUCCAAGAGACAUUUUUGGUUUUGGUUCAGGAGAAGGGGGAUGAUGAGAGCUCUGGUUUCUGCUUAAACUGCUCACUGAAGAACCCAAAAUGAUGAGGUUUUGCUCUUCCCCCGUCUUUAUUGGUAUACCCACAUGAAAUGAUUAAGAAACCCAUUUUAAUCAGCCCCGAUUCUUUUUUUUUUUUUUUUAGAAGCUCAGUGAUUUCUUAGUGCCUCCCAGAACAUUUGAGUUAAUUAGGGAAAAUUGGUUAUUUGGGAUGGAUAGAAAUUGUGGUAGGAGGUCUAUUUUUAAUCUCUGGGCCAGAUCCUCCAGCACACUCUAUGUUGGUCUUUGAGCAAAUCCUAUGUUGUCCCAAGUAUUCAUUUAAGAUGAGACAUGGAGAUUCUACUGAAAGAGUAGGAACAAAGAAAUUUCAAAGUCCCUAUGCCCAGGCUUCUUGGUAGUCCUCUGAGCAUUUUUCUACUUGUAGCAUAAUAUUAGAGCAUACUAUGGGCAUAUCUUCUUUAGAAUAUUCUUAGAAAAGACAUUCUUCUAUAACAACAGUGUCUUUCUGUCUUUCUUUGUGCUAACUACAAUAAACCUUUAUCAAACACUUUUACUUUAUAGACAGGCACAGAUACUUUUUUUAAAUUGCUACUUUGUGUGGCAAGGGUUGGUAAAAUUGAAAACUCAAGUCUCCAAUAAUUUAAUUUUAAAUUGGCUCAACUUCAAGUAAUUUUUUUCAGAACUAAGCUCCUACAUCCCCCAUAUUCUUUCUCAGUUUUUCCUAAUCCACUUUUACCACUUUAGUCCCAUCAAAUUCAGUGUGCAUGGUCAGCAAGCAUUUGCCACCACUUUCCAUAACACCCCCUCUUUCUCCCUGUGUGUUUCUCUCUCUCUCUCUCUCUCUCUCUCUCUCUCUCUCUCUCUCUCUCUCUCACACACACACACACACACACACAGAAUAUGUUGCUUGUUCCUACCUCCUGACUGUUCUUCCCCACAGAAAUAGAAAUAGGGACAAAAAAAGGGAAAUGUAUAUAUAGGGGCUGGGUUGAACAACUAACUUCGUAAGUAGUGCUAAGUAGAAUUAAAGUGAGAGAAAAGCUUCUUUUCUCAUAAUUGUUUUGGAAAGGAUAGCCAUUAGCAUGACUGCUUUGUGUCCUUGUGGACUUUAGUAUUAGCCUAGACUGAAUUAUAGCAUUUUCUAGCUGGAAGGAGGAUUAAGAUCGCAUCAUCUGCUCCCAAUUUUUCAUUUUCUUAAGGCCAGGAAACAGACAAAGACAUAAAGUGAUUUCCCCCUAAGGUCACACAGCUGCCCAUUGGCAGUGCUGGGAUUAGAACCUACACAUCUUGGCUCUUAUUCCAGGUUUUUGGUUUGUUUUUUUUUUUUGUUUGUUUGUUUUUUUGGUUUUGGUUUUUUUUUCCAACUAGAGAGUAUUGUCCUGUGUGAGGCUCCUGCAAAUUCUUUCCCAGGGUCAUGUUGCACCCUGGAUCCACAUGCUAGUUUGUUGGUCUCAGCAAGAAAUCCACACAGCAAUAUAAUCUGGCCCUUCCUCCUUACUUUCACAUUACUUCAUCCACAUGGCCUGCAGACAGUUCCAAGGAGAGGGAGGCAUUGAGAUGUUGAGCACCAGAGGGUUGGUGCCCUACCUUGAGGAAUCUUCCAAAUAGCCCGAUGAAUUCCACUCUGUUCAUGAAGAAUGGAAAAUGACUACUUUGUCCCUUAUCAGCUUCCUUCAAUGUCUUGUCACACGCAUUCCUCCCAUGAUAGGGGAGUGAUUUCCAGAGCAGAGAAAAUAAGAAGUGAUUAACAGAGCAAUAGCUUUGUUUAUUCUGACUUUCUAAGAUGACUUCUUUUAUCAUUUAAAAAAAUUAGUCCAACUAUCUUUUCUACUAAUAACAAUUUCCUUUAAAAUAUGGCAGUGAGCCAAGCCAGGGAAAGAUAAUCUACGCUCUCGUAGCCAUGCUCCCUGGUGCAAACAAUUUUCAGGUAUAAACAAAUGUUUUUUGUCACAAAAUUGUGCCCUGGCUGACACUGAAUAGUUGUAUCUGUACCAAAAAUAGCAUACAGUGACCUUACACAUUAUAUUCUCUCUCUCUCUCUCUCUCUCUCUCUCUCUCUCUCUCUCUCUCUCUCUCUCUCUGUGUGUGUGUGUGUGUGUGUGUGUGUGUGUAGCCUGUUUCUGUGCUUUCCAUGGCAGAAGUUAGGGCAACAUGAUCUGUAUGUGUAGGUUUCUUUGCAGCAAGGCUCUCCAGGAACUAAUGAAUACUAACUGAAUUUUAGAAGAUCUCUUACUAAAUUUACCCAAGUUCAGGAACUUCUCUAUCUUUUCUGCCCUCCAUCUGGGAGUGACCAAGAAAUCCUAAAGUGGGUAGGUAGCUUCUAUGUCCUAGAAUCGUCAAGCCUAAGUUGAAGGCAAGUGACUCAAUGCUUGAUUUACAUAAACUUGUGUUUCCAUGCCCAGUCUCUCUACAUAGAGAUUUCCCCAUUUCUUCUUAUAUUUGACUCCAAAUGGAUUUUUCCUUUAGAAAACAGAGAAGGAAAUAAGCCCUAUCUCCUUAGAAUGGGAGCAGUCAAACAUCCAUGGGUCCCCAAUAAGCUUCUGUGAUGGCGAGAAUGUUGCAGGAGAUGAGACUGCCUUGGGAACAGUUGUAUCAAGAGACUUCUCUAGUAGAAACCCGAUGACAGCAUAGCUUUACGGACUUCCUUCAUGGUCUAGUUUGCUAUGGAAAUAGAAAGCAUAGGCUCUUUCUCUUUUCUUUCUUUUUUUCUUUUUGAAACAAUGCUUGGAUCCUGUUCUUGGGCACAUGGGGCCAUUUGGACCCAUACCUAGGCCUCGGUUAUAUAUUGCCUUCACUAUAGUAAGACGUUUAGGCUUCUAGGCUCAAACUGGUUUUCUAAACAGAGCAGGGGCAUUUUGGAGCUCAUAUGGGUGCACAGGAAGGCCUAUGUCCUAUGAUUUAGAUCUGGAACCAUGAAAUGGUAAAGGCUGUGUAGUGACCUAGCCAUUUAGAAUAUAUCAGCGGUAAUCAGGAGCUUAGAAGCUCAUGCUUCUGCCUCUGCUCUACAAAAACCACAUGUGUAGUGCCAAUCACUGUUCUGUGAAUCAUGCAGGCUUUCCUCAUCUUUCAAACAUGGCCACCUGGAGUAAGAAUAGGUCACUGACUUUUCCUGCUUUCCUUUUGAUUAGAGAGGCCUCUAUCUCCCUUGGAUGCACAAAUGAAGUUUCAUUAGCCAUCACACCAAAAGGCUUCUUAUUGUUGACUUGUAUGCCCCCUCUUUAAGGAUUUAUGUGGAGCUCAUGUUUUGGCCAAACUGGUGUGAGAUUGGCUAUCAUUGGGAAGUAAAGUAUUUCUUAAGUUUACUGGGGUCGAAAUCUUCUGAAAUUAGAAGUGAUUUUUUUUUCUAUCUGGCAUACCUAGGGAAGUAGAGAAUUCUCAAUUGAAAGUAAGGCACUUUCCUACUUGGGUUACACGAGCAGAUGAGUUGAAAAAGGUCAAAGAGAAGAGAGAAGUCAGAAGACAAAGUCUUGUAAACUAAAACAAAAACCAGAAGGCUUCAGAAUGUCUCAAUUCUGGGCAAGAAUUCAAGGCAAUAAAUGGCUUUUUGUCAUUCCACUUCCUGUUUUCUUUCUCUAUUUAGAUGCCUAUAUUUGUUCUCAGUUAUCAGUCUCUCAUUGCGAAGCAAAAACAUCCAUUCUUUGACUUGUGAGGUACUUCCUCCUCUUUUGGAAUCCUUUGCUUCUUCCCACCUCACCACUGGAUAUAAGCCUCUUCAUAGUCUGCAACUUUUGCCUUGGGAUUGAAGAGAAAUUAGUUUCCGUUGCAAAAAUUCCUGGUUCUACCCCUGUUCCGUCACAAGCAGGUCGGUAGAAAACAACCUGAUUCUGACCCUCUUUUCUUUCCUGCUUUAGUCUCUUCAAGCACUGUCCUUACAGCUCAUGAAUGUUUAGGUCUUUACCUUCUAAGCAAGCACUGUUCAGAACACCUUGUGCUUCUUUUUCUGUCUGCCAUUUUGUGAACAGUGUAAUGUGCUCAGAUAAAUAAUCAGCUGAACAGGAAAAGAGUCUACCCAUCUAUUCAAAUUGGCAAACUAUUGUUUAGUUUGUUUCAUUAAAUUUGCUCAUAGCUUUGAAAAGCUGCGAUGUAAUGUCAUGAGAGACCACAGGUAAUUGUUCCUGUCAUUUGGUUGGGCUUAGUGGAGAUGGGGAGCAGGAACAAUUUGUUUAAACUUUUAAGCUCUCUGUUAUAACAUUAUGAUCUCUGUCGGCCACCUGUUGAACUGUUCAAGCUAAACUAGUGGGCAAUUAAAGUUAAUUUAAGUCAAAAAAAUAUCUAACAAAUCCAGGCUACAGAAAAAAAAACUUAGUUAAAUGUAUUUGUCCUUCCAAUACUAGAUUUACCUAAACAUUUUCCUUUUAACACCAACUGUUCACGACCCAGGACUGCCUGUCCAGGUAUCAGUAAUGAGCAGGCUUAAGUCUGCUAAUUAAUUCAACAGAGUUCAGAACCCUUGGGGAUGUCAAUGUCACUGCUUGGCAAUACCAUAUGCAUUGUCCAUUUUUCCAGUGACUUUUCUUUCUAAGUUCUCUUAAAGAGGUUUGAGAAAGUAAGAAGUUAAGUUAACAUAUAUCCAAUGUUUGGUAAUGUACUAUAUUGCAACAUUAUGUCAACAACCCCUUAUGACUUGUACCCAGCUAAUGCAUGGUUUGAGAGUGGAUUUUGCAUUUUUCAUGUGCAGUAAAUGAUUUAAAAAUGUUUUGGUCACCUUUUUGUGCCAUUAAACUUGUACAGAAAAUGCUUUUAUGGCCAUUUUCAAUGGGAGAAAGUUAAAAAUGGAAACAGCCCACCCUUUCUGCCCUAUAGCUGUAGUUAGCAUUGAGUACGUGUAGAAAUAUGGCUGUAAUUGGUGGUUGUAGUGUUAUAGUUAUUAGCUUGCCAGUGAUUACCUUUGGAGAGUAAAUGCAUGGUCUUGUACAUCACAUUUCUUAAAUAACUCAUUUUAACCUCUGAAAAGAAUAUAUUAUUCCAUGUGGCCCUCUUCCCUCCCUCCAUUCCCUGCUCCCAGAUAUCUUACCAUUAACUGUAAAUACCUGAUUUAGGGGCCAAGCGUUUCUGCCAAGUAAAGUCAGUAAGGAGCAAAUAACCCAAAAGGGGUGUGUGUGAAGAGAAUUUUACAACAAUUUCUCAGAAAUUGUUGACCCUUUCUCAAGGAAUGGCAUGGUUAUCAAAAACUCAGCUGUCUUUUACAUAAAAAAUCAGAGGCAAAUUGGGAGUGUCUUUGGCUGCCAGAUUACAGAAUUGAAUAAUUCUUAGAAUCAUACAACCCAAGGAUGUCCCUGAUCCCUGCAUUAGUUGUGAGGCAUUUGGAGACAUCAGAGAUUUGUUGACUAAUAUUUAUUGGGAAAAAAAGAAAAGCAAAACAGAUGCGCAACAGAUUCUCAGGGGUUUUAGCUAGGCCCCAGUCAACAAAGGCAAGGAUGUGGGUUUAGAUGCAUUGUUAUCUGUUUCCCAGGCAAUGCUUAGCACACUCUUAGACUUUGAGUGAUACAAAGGCAGUGUUUCAACAAGGCACUCUCUCCUUUGGUUUGCUCUUCUCUCUUGGACUGGUAUGUUUGGCAAGGCCCAUGUAAACUGGUUAGAGCAGGCCCUUUAUAUCUCCUGUGACCAUUAAUCUCCCCCACCAUAAUUAGAUGAGGGCUGUUUGGUUUGAGGACUUCAAGGAUGUCUAGAGAAGUUCCCCCAUGUGUGUGAGGUGUUGUGAACUGUGAACACUGUACAUCUUCAGUGUUCAAUACUGGGCAGCCAAAGAGCUGCUCUUGCAAUCUUUUUUUGGCUCUCAAGCUCUGUUCUCCAUCGAAUUCUCAUUUCUGUGUACAUUUGCAAGAUGUGUGUAAUGUCAUUUUCCAAAAAUAAAAUUUGAUUUCAAUA